AUGAAGUACCGCAAACUGGGCUCUUCCGACAUGCUCGUCAGCUCGUGCUGCCUUGGCACGAUGACGUGGGGCAACCAGAACACGGACGAGGAGGCGGCAGCGCAGCUCGACAAGGCGUGGGACCUGGGCGUCAACUUCCUGGACACGGCAGAGAUCUACCCGGUGCCGGUGGAGGAGGAGAAGCAGGGUGCCACCGAUCGCGCCAUCGGCAAGUGGCUCAAGACGAACGGCCGUUCGCGCGACGAGGUGAUCAUCGCGAGCAAGGUCGCCGGCUACAACGAGCGCUUCACGUGGAUGCGCGACGGGCCGACUCGCGUGACACGCGAGCAGAUCAUCGCCUCUGUCGACGCGUCGCUCGCGCGCCUCGGCGUCGACCACCUCGACCUGCUGCAGAUCCACUGGCCGGAUCGGUACGUGCCCAUGUUCGGCUCGGUCGCGUACGACUGCAGCAAGGAGCGCGACGACGCCGUGCCCUUCGACGAGCAGGCGCGCGCGAUGGGCGAGCUGGUCAGUUCAGGCAAGGUGCGCGCGUGGGGCCUGUCCAACGAGACGCCGCUCGGCGUGGCUGAGUUCGUGGCCGCGGCGUCGCGCGAGGGCGCGCCGCCGCCCGUGUCGGUGCAGAACUCGUACUCGCUGCUGCAGCGCUCGGACGAGGUUGGCCUCGUCGAGGCGGUCCGCCACCACGACGUCGCGUACCUGCCCUACUCGCCGCUCUCGGCCGGCGUGCUUUCGGGCAAGUACGACGGGCUGUCGCAGGCGCCCGAGGGGACGCGGCUCAAGCUCUUCGACUCGUACUUCGACCGGUACGCCAACACGUGCGCGCCCGAGUGCGUCGAGUGCUACAAGAAGCUCGCCUUCAACCACGGCAUCUCGCCCGCCGCGCUCGCCAUCGCCUUCUGCGACUCGCGCCCGUUCGUGACGUCGACCAUCAUCGGCGCGACGUCGGUUGAGCAGCUCGAGAUCAACCUGCAGGGCUUCGGCGUCGAGUGGACCGACGAUCUCGAGGAGGAGAUCAAGCGCAUCCACGCCUACUUCCCCGACCCGUGGCGCAUGAUCGUCCGCGGCGGCGGCUGA